GGCGUCCGGCCCGCCGAAGUCACGUGGGGCGCGUCGGCCAAUCGGCGCGCGGCGGUGGGUCCAGCCCAGCCCCGCCUGGCCGCUGUUGGGCAGUGGGACGCGGCGGGUGCGGAGAACGCGGCGGAGCAAGCGAGCCGGCGGGCGGGUGAGCGAGGACAAGGCCAUGGACAGCAAGAUCCAGCGGGUUCGCGACGCGUUCGCGUCCGGCCGGUCGCGCCCCCUGAGGUUCCGGCUGCAGCAGCUUGAGGCCCUGCGCAGGAUGGUGCAGGAGCGCGAGAAGGACAUCCUGGAGGCCAUCGCCGCAGACCUGUGCAAGAGUGAACUCAAUGCAUACAGUCAGGAGGUCAUUACCGUUCUUGGAGAACUUGAUCUCGUGCUGGAGAAUCUUCCUGAAUGGGUCGCUGCUAAGCCAGCUAAGAAGAAUCUGUUCACCAUGCUGGAUGAGGCCUACAUUCACUCAGAGCCCCUGGGAGUCGUACUGAUUAUCGGAGCCUGGAACUACCCUUUCGUUCUCACCAUUCAGCCUCUGAUAGGAGCCAUUGCGGCAGGAAAUGCUGUCAUUAUCAAGCCUUCUGAACUAUGUGAAAAAACAGCCACGGUCUUGGCCAAACUCCUGCCACAGUAUUUAGACCAGGACCUGUAUGUCGUUAUCAAUGGUGGCGUGGAGGAAACCACAGAGCUGCUGAAGCAGCGAUUUGACCACAUUCUCUAUACGGGAAGCACGGCGGUGGGAAAAAUCGUCAUGGAGGCCGCCGCCAAGCAUCUGACCCCUGUGACUCUUGAACUAGGAGGGAAGAGUCCGUGUUACGUGGACAGAGACUGUGACCUGGACGUCGCCUGCAGGCGCAUAGCAUGGGGGAAGUACAUGAAUUGUGGUCAGACCUGCAUUGCUCCUGACUACGUUCUCUGCGAACCAUCCCUCCAGAGUCAAAUUGUGCAGAAGAUUAAGGAAACCGUGAAGGAAUUUUACGGAGAAAAUAUAAAAGAAUCCCCUGAUUACGAAAGGAUCAUCAGUCUUCGCCAUUUUAAGAGGAUACAGAGUUUGCUUGAAGGACAAAAGAUAGCCUUUGGUGGCGAGACCGACGAGGCCACACGCUAUAUAGCACCAACGAUCCUUACCGACGUCGAUCCCGAAACCAAGGUGAUGCAGGAAGAAAUUUUCGGACCAAUUCUUCCAAUAGUGCCUGUGCGGAAUGCCGAUGAAGCCAUAAAGUUCAUAAACAACCGUGAAAAGCCUCUGGCCUUCUACGUCUUUUCUCAUAACGAGAAGCUCAUCAGACGGAUGAUUGACAGCACGUCCAGCGGUGGCGUCACGGCCAACGACGUUAUCAUGCACUUCAUGCUCAGUUCUUUACCCUUUGGAGGAGUGGGUUCCAGUGGGAUGGGCGCUUACCACGGCAAACAUAGUUUUGAUACUUUCUCGCAUCAACGUCCCUGCUUACUGAAAACUUUAAAGAGGGAAGGUGCUAACAAGCUCAGGUACCCUCCCAACAGCCAGUCAAAGGUGGAUUGGGCCAAAUUUUUCCUCCUGAAACGCUUCAACAAAGGAAAGCUCGGUCUCCUGUUACUUGCUUUCCUGGGCAUCGUGGCGGCUGUGCUUGUCAAGAAAUACCAAGCUGUGCUGAGGAGAAAGGCCCUGUUGAUAUUUCUGGCAGUUCAGACUCUGUCGUCCAGUAAGCAGUGAUGAGAGCCGCAGAACUCAGGACCCAGCUCUGUCUGUUAAGAGUGAGGCGGGAUACUACUGAAGAAAGAUCCUGUUCAACCUCCUAGUUGCCUGUACUGAAUUAUGCCUCUCUUAAAUAGUUAACGAACCAUUUUAAAAUCCUGCCAAAAAUAGGAAGGAAAUAUGCAAAUGCACCCUAAUCAAGCCUGCAAGUCAUUGCCACUCACCAUUAAUAAAACUUCCCGUUUCGUCUGACCCCCCCCCCCCAGCCUUCCCCCACUGUGGGGGUACACUCAGAGAACGUCUUUUACGUUGUGUUCCUCAGCUCGCGGUGGGGGGUGGGGUGGGGACGGAGAAGGUACUAGGCUGACUCCCAGGGAGAUGUAAAAGGAGUCUCUGAACCUGUUGAGUGACUUCUUACUCCAGUUCAUGGGACACAGGACUCCCCCACCCCCCCACCUUCCGCCAUCACUCUGUGAAGCUUCCAGGGGGCUCCUCCCUGCCCGGGGUUAUCAACAGCCCUCUGUAGCCCACAGAGGUGAGGAAAGAUCUUCCCAGCCCUGCCUGAGGUUUGAGGCACCGGAUCUGUGUGUUGGGGAUGGGGGGAGGUCCCUGUCCCUCACCCACUGGGACUUGAGGACUUGACCUUCCGGAGCCAGCCCUCCUGUCAAACGUGCUGUCUGACCAGUGGUCUUCCUCCUUUCCCGUCCAUUCUCCACCCUCUCUUGUAUUUGGUUUGUGACAGUCUUUUGUGGCCAUCCGCAGAUGCCUUCUGUAACUAACGCCACGCAAGACUUCCCGCAGAUCCCAGGGCUUCCAGGGAAGACAGUUGCCAAUUUCCAUGCAAGUAUCACCCGUCAUUCUUACUGGGCAGGAGUUGUAGAAUUCUGCAUCUUAUAAAACCUAACUGGCACUUUUAUUAUGCUGUAAUAAAAUUACUUACAACAACACUUAUUCUCAGGGGCGCCUGGGUGGCUCAGUCGGUUGGGCGUCUGACUGCAGCACAGGUCACAAUUUCGCAGUUUGUGAGUUCGAGCCCCGUGUCGGGCCCUGUGCUGACAGCUCAGAGCCUGGAGCCUACUUUACAUUCUGUGUCUCCCUCUCUGUCCCUCCCCAACUCAUGCUCUCUCAAAAAUAAAUAAAUGUUGGAAAAAAAAAAAAA